AUGAAGUCGGCGGGAAGCCCCAAGCGUGGCGCUAGAAGAUCACUUUUUGGAAGCAGAUGCUCAGAACGCAUUGAUGGCGAUUUUCGUCAACUCGAGAAAAAGGAGAUCCAAGAAGCCUCGGCUCGGUGGGGCUACGAUUUCGCCGCUGAUCGGCCUCUCUCUUCGGCUGAUGCACCUGACUCUCAGUAUAGCUGGGAGCCCGUAGCUGCAAAGCAUGUGCCUAGAUUUUAUCGCUCGAAGAAAGCCCAGCGAGCGAAGCGUCUGAUGCCAUCGACCCCUAGAAAUAAGAAGGCAAUUAGCACGAGAGCGGCAAGAUCUUUGGACAAUAAAGUGCACAAAACGCCGAUAAAGAAGUCCCCUGUGAAAGCUCCCGUCGACCCUUACGUGAUUAUAAAAAGAACCAAAGACUCCAGUCCGAAAAAAAUCCGAGUCAUGGGUGGUGCUCAUGCUUACAACACGCGCUCGAUGGUUGGAAUGCGCACUCGAUCUAGCAACACCGAAGAUCUUUUCACCUUCGCCUGA